UACCGCGAGCGCGUGCGGGAGAACCUGGAGGUGGGCUACGAGGUGCUGACCAUCCGCGCCAGCGACCGCGACUCGCCUGUCAACGCCAACUUGCGCUACCGUGUGCUGGGGGGCGCGUGGGACGUCUUCCAGCUCAACGAGAGCUCCGGCGUGGUGAGCACGAGGGCGGUGCUGGACCGGGAGGAGGCGGCCGAGUACCAGCUGCUGGUGGAGGCCAACGACCAGGGGCGCAACCCGGGCCCGCUCAGCGCCACGGCCACCGUGUACAUCGAGGUGGAAGACGAGAACGACAACUACCCCCAGUUCAGUGAGCAGAACUACGUGGUCCAGGUGCCAGAGGACGUGGGGCUCAACACCGCUGUGCUGCGAGUGCAGGCCACGGACCGGGACCAGGGCCAGAACGCGGCCAUUCACUAUAGCAUCCUCAGCGGGAACGUGGCUGGCCAGUUCUACCUGCACUCACUGAGCGGGAUCCUGGAUGUGAUCAACCCCCUGGAUUUCGAGGAUGUCCAGAAGUACUCGCUGAGCAUCAAGGCCCAGGAUGGGGGCCGGCCCCCGCUCAUCAAUUCUUCCGGGGUGGUGUCUGUGCAGGUGCUGGAUGUCAACGACAACGAGCCUAUCUUUGUGAGCAGCCCGUUCCAGGCCACGGUGCUGGAGAAUGUGCCCCUGGGCUACCCCGUGGUGCACAUUCAGGCGGUGGACGCGGACUCAGGGGAGAACGCCCGGCUGCACUAUCGCCUGGUGGACACAGCCUCCGCCUUUCUGGGGGGUGGCAGUGCUGGGCCUAAGAACCCUGCCCCCACCCCUGACUUCCCCUUUCAGAUCCACAACAGCUCCGGUUGGAUCACGGUGUGUGCCGAGCUGGACCGCGAGGAGGUGGAGCACUACAGCUUCGGGGUGGAGGCGGUGGACCACGGCUCGCCCCCCAUGAGCUCCUCCACCAGCGUGUCCAUCACGGUGCUGGAUGUGAACGACAACGACCCGGUGUUCACGCAGCCCACCUACGAGCUUCGUCUGAAUGAGGAUGCGGCUGUAGGGAGCAGCGUGCUGACCCUGCAGGCCCGCGACCGUGAUGCUAACAGUGUGAUUACCUACCAGCUCACGGGGGGCAACACCCGGAACCGCUUUGCACUCAGCAGCCAGAGAGGGGGCGGCCUCAUCACCCUGGCGCUACCUCUGGACUACAAACAGGAGCAGCAGUACGUGCUGGCGGUGACGGCCUCUGACGGCACACGGUCACACACUGCGCACGUCCUAAUCAAUGUCACCGACGCCAACACCCACCGGCCUGUCUUUCAGAGCUCCCAUUACACAGUGAGUGUCAGUGAGGACAGGCCUGUGGGCACCUCCAUUGCUACCCUAAGUGCCAACGAUGAGGACACAGGAGAGAAUGCCCGCAUCACCUACGUGAUUCAGGACCCGGUGCCACAGUUCCGCAUCGACCCCGACAGUGGCACCAUGUACACCAUGAUGGAGUUGGACUAUGAGAACCAGGUCGCCUACACACUGACCAUCAUGGCCCAGGACAAUGGCAUCCCGCAGAAAUCAGACACCACCACCCUAGAGAUCCUCAUCCUCGAUGCCAAUGACAAUGCGCCCCAGUUCCUGUGGGAUUUCUACCAGGGUUCCAUCUUUGAGGAUGCUCCACCCUCAACCAGCAUCCUCCAGGUCUCCGCCACAGACCGGGACUCAGGUCCCAAUGGACGUCUGCUGUACACCUUCCAGGGUGGGGACGACGGCGAUGGGGACUUCUACAUCGAGCCCACGUCUGGUGUGAUCCGCACCCAGCGCCGGCUGGACCGGGAGAAUGUGGCCGUGUACAACCUUUGGGCUCUGGCUGUGGAUCGGGGCAGUCCCACUCCCCUUAGCGCCUCGGUGGAAAUCCAGGUGACCAUCUUGGACAUUAAUGACAAUGCCCCCAUGUUUGAGAAGGAUGAACUGGAGCUGUUUGUUGAGGAGAAUAACCCAGUGGGGUCGGUGGUGGCAAAGAUUCGUGCCAACGACCCCGAUGAAGGCCCCAAUGCCCAGAUCAUGUAUCAGAUUGUGGAAGGGGAUAUGCGGCAUUUCUUCCAGCUGGACCUGCUCAACGGGGACCUGCGUGCCAUGGUGGAGCUGGACUUUGAGGUCCGGCGGGAGUAUGUGCUGGUGGUGCAGGCCACAUCGGCUCCGCUGGUGAGCCGAGCCACGGUCCACAUCCUUCUCGUGGACCAGAAUGACAACCCGCCCGUGCUGCCCGACUUCCAGAUCCUCUUCAACAACUAUGUCACCAACAAGUCCAACAACUUCCCCACCGGGGUGAUCGGCCGCAUCCCGGCCCAUGACCCCGACGUGUCGGACAGCCUCAACUACACCUUCCUGCAGGGCAAUGAGCUGUGCCUGUUGCUGUUGGACCCCGCCACGGGUGAGCUGCAGCUCAGCCGCGACCUGGACAACAACCGGCCGCUGGAGGCGCUCAUGGAGGUGUCUGUAUCUGACGGCAUCCACAGCGUCACGGCCUUCUGCACCCUGCGUGUCACCAUCAUCACGGACGACAUGCUGACCAACAGCAUCACUGUCCGCCUGGAGAACAUGUCCCAGGAGAAGUUCCUGUCCCCGCUGCUGGCCCUCUUUGUAGAGGGGGUGGCCGCGGUGCUGUCCACCACCAAGGACCACGUCUUCGUCUUCAACGUCCAGAACGACACCGACGUCAGUUCCAACAUCCUGAACGUGACCUUCUCGGCGCUGCUGCCCGGCGGCGUCCGCGGCCAGUUCUUCCCGUCGGAGGACCUGCAGGAGCAGAUCUACCUGAACCGGACGCUGCUGACCACCAUCUCCACGCAGCGCGUGCUGCCCUUCGACGACAACAUCUGCCUGCGCGAGCCCUGCGAGAACUACAUGAAGUGCGUGUCAGUGCUGCGCUUCGACAGCUCGGCGCCCUUCCUCAGCUCCACCACCGUGCUCUUCCGGCCCAUCCACCCCAUCAACGGCCUGCGCUGCCGCUGCCCGCCCGGCUUCACCGGCGACUACUGCGAGACGGAGAUCGACCUCUGCUACUCCAACCCGUGCGGCGCCAACGGCCGCUGCCGCAGCCGUGAGGGCGGCUACACCUGCGAGUGCUUCCAGGACUUCACUGGAGAGCACUGUGAGGUGGAUGCCCGCUCAGGCCGCUGUGCCAACGGGGUACCAGGUCCCCAUGCGCUGGCGCACACACGAGGGGAUCUGUUCACAGCAGCAGAAAAUGUACAGUUUGCCACCCAAGAAAGGAACGGCUUGCUGCUCUACAACGGCCGCUUCAACGAGAAGCACGACUUCAUUGCCCUGGAGAUCGUGGACGAGCAGGUGCAGCUCACCUUCUCUGCAGGUGAGACGACGACGACUGUGGCACCGAAGGUUCCCGGCGGUGUAAGUGACGGGCGGUGGCACUCUGUGCAGGUGCAGUACUACAACAAGCCCAACAUCGGCCACCUGGGCCUGCCCCACGGGCCAUCCGGGGAGAAGAUGGCCGUGGUGACGGUGGAUGAUUGUGACACAACCAUGGCUGUGCGCUUUGGAAGGGACAUCGGGAACUACAGCUGCGCUGCCCAAGGCACUCAGACCGGCUCCAAGAAGUCCCUGGAUCUGACCGGUCCUCUGCUCCUGGGUGGCGUCCCCAACCUACCAGAAGACUUCCCAGUGCACAACCGGCAGUUUGUGGGCUGCAUGCGGAACCUGUCAGUCGACGGCAAAAAUGUGGACAUGGCUGGAUUCAUCGCCAACAAUGGCACCCGGGAAGGCUGCGCCGCUCGGAGGAACUUCUGCGACGGGAGGCGCUGUCAGAACGGGGGCACCUGUGUCAACAGGUGGAACAUGUAUCUGUGUGAGUGUCCGCUCCGAUUUGGCGGGAAGAACUGCGAGCAAGCCAUGCCCCACCCCCAGCUCUUCAGCGGUGAGAGCGUCGUGUCCUGGAGCGACCUGAACGUCAUCAUCUCUGUGCCCUGGUACCUGGGGCUCAUGUUCCGGACCCGGAAGGAGGACAGCGUUCUGAUGGAGGCCACCAGCGGCGGGCCCACCAGCUUUCGCCUCCAGAUCCUGAACAACUACCUCCAGUUUGAGGUGUCCCAUGGCCCCUCCGAUGUGGAGUCCGUGAUGCUGUCCAGGUUGCGGGUGACCGACGGGGAGUGGCACCACCUACUCAUCGAGCUGAAGAAUGUUAAGGAGGACAGUGAGAUGAAGCACCUGGUCACUAUGACUUUGGAUUAUGGGAUGGACCAGAACAGGGCAGAUAUCGGGGGCAUGCUUCCCGGGCUGACAAUCAGGAGCGUGGUGGUCGGGGGCGCCUCUGAAGACAAGGUCUCCGUGCGCCGUGGAUUCCGAGGCUGCAUGCAGGGAGUGAGGAUGGGGGGGACGCCCACCAACGUCGCCACCCUGAACAUGAACAAUGCGCUCAAGGUCAGGGUGAAGGACGGCUGUGAUGUGGAGGACCCCUGUACCUCGAGCCCCUGUCCCCCCCACAGCCGCUGCCAUGACACCUGGGAGGACUACAGCUGCAUCUGUGACAAAGGGUACCUUGGAAUAAACUGUGUGGAUGCCUGUCACCUGAACCCCUGCGAGAACAUGGGGGCCUGCGUACGCUCCCCCGGCUCCCCGCAGGGCUACGUGUGCGAGUGCGGGCCCAGCCACUACGGGCCGUACUGCGAGAACAAACUCGACCUUCCGUGCCCCAGAGGCUGGUGGGGGAACCCUGUCUGUGGACCCUGCCACUGUGCUGUCAGCAAAGGCUUUGAUCCUGAUUGUAAUAAGACCAACGGCCAGUGCCAAUGCAAGGAGAAUUACUAUAAGCCCCCAGCCCAGGAUACCUGUCUGCCCUGCGACUGCUUCCCCCAUGGCUCCCACAGCCGCACUUGCGACAUGGCCACCGGUCAGUGUGCCUGCAAGCCCGGCGUCAUCGGCCGCCAGUGCAACCGCUGUGACAACCCGUUUGCCGAGGUCACCACAUUCGGCUGUGAAGUGAUCUACAACGGCUGUCCCAAAGCGUUUGAGGCCGGCAUCUGGUGGCCACAGACCAAGUUCGGGCAGCCGGCUGCGGUGCCGUGCCCCAAGGGAUCCGUCGGAAACGCGGUCCGACACUGCAGCGGGGAGAAGGGCUGGCUGCCCCCAGAGCUCUUUAACUGCACCACCAUCUCCUUCGUGGACCUCAGGGCCAUGAAUGAGAAGCUGAGCCGCAACGAGACACAGGUGGAUGGUGCCGGGGCCCUGCGGCUGGUGAGGGCGCUGCGCAACGCUACACAGCACACGGGCACGCUCUUUGGCAAUGACGUGCGCACGGCCUACCAGCUGCUGGGCCGCGUCCUUCAGCACGAGAGCUGGCAGCAGGGCUUCGACCUGGCAGCCACACAGGAUGCCGACUUCCACGAGGACGUCAUCCACUCGGGUAGUGCCCUCCUGGCCCCGGCCACCAGGGCGGCAUGGGAGCAGAUCCAGCGGAGUGAGGGUGGCACAGCACAGCUGCUCCAGCGCCUCGAGGGCUACUUCAGCAACGUGGCACGCAACGUGCGACGGACCUACCUGCGGCCCUUCGUCAUCGUCACCGCCAACAUGAUUCUGGCUGUCGACAUCUUUGACAAGUUCAACUUUACGGGAGCCAGGGUCCCGCAGUUCGACGCCAUCCGCGAAGAGUUCCCCAGGGAGCUGGAGUCCUCCGUCUCCUUCCCAGCCGACUUCUUCAAACCACCUGAAGAAAAAGAAGGUCCCCUGGUGAGGCCGGCCGGCCGGAGGACCAGCCCGCAGAGCCCGCGCCCGGAGCCUGGCACCGAGAGGGAGGCCCCGAUCAGCAGGCGGAGGCGACACCCUGAUGACGCUGGCCAGUUCGCCGUUGCUCUGGUCAUCAUUUACCGCACCCUGGGGCAGCUCCUGCCCGAGCGCUAUGACCCCGACCGUCGCAGCCUCCGGCUGCCUCACCGGCCCGUCAUUAACACCCCGAUGGUGAGUGCGCUGGUGUACAGCGAGGGGGCUCUGCUCCCGAGACCCCUGGAGAGGCCCGUCCUGGUGGAGUUCGCCCUGCUGGAGGUGGAGGAGCGAACCAAGCCGGUCUGCGUGUUCUGGAACCACUCCCUGGCCGUCAGUGGGACGGGAGGGUGGUCUGCCCGGGGCUGCGAGCUCCUGUCCAGGAACCGGACACACGUCGCCUGCCAGUGUAGCCACACAGCCAGCUUUGCGGUGCUCAUGGACAUAUCCAGGCGUGAGAACGGGGAGGUCCUGCCCCUGAAGAUCGUCACCUACGCCGCCGUGUCCUUGUCGCUGGCGGCCCUGCUGGUGGCCUUCGUCCUCCUGAGCCUGGUCCGCACGCUGCGCUCCAACCUGCACAGCAUUCACAAGCACCUCGCUGCGGCACUGUUCCUCUCUCAGCUGGUGUUCGUGAUUGGGAUCAACCAGACGGAAAACCCGUUCCUGUGCACGGUGGUCGCCAUCCUCCUCCACUACAUCUACAUGAGCACCUUUGCCUGGACCCUCGUGGAGAGCCUGCAUGUCUACCGCAUGCUGACUGAGGCACGCAACAUCGACACGGGGCCCAUGCGGUUCUACUACGUCGUGGGCUGGGGCAUCCCGGCCAUUGUCACAGGACUGGCGGUCGGCCUGGACCCCCAGGGCUACGGAAACCCGGACUUCUGCUGGCUGUCCCUGCAAGACACGCUGAUUUGGAGCUUUGCGGGGCCCAUCGGAGCCGUUAUAAUUAUCAACACAGUCACUUCUGUCCUAUCUGCAAAGGUUACCUGCCAAAGAAAACACCAUUAUUAUGGGAAAAAAGGGAUCGUCUUCCUGCUGAGGACCGCCUUCCUCCUGCUGCUGCUCAUCAGCGCCACCUGGCUGCUGGGGCUGCUGGCUGUGAACCGCGAUGCACUGAGCUUCCACUACCUCUUUGCCAUCUUCAGUGGCUUACAGGGCCCCUUCGUCCUCCUCUUCCACUGCGUGCUUAACCAGGAGGUCCGGAAGCACCUGAAGGGUGUGCUCGGCGGGAGGAAGCUACACCUGGAGGACUCUACCACCACCAGGGCCACCCUGCUGACGCGCUCCCUCAACUGCAACACCACCUUCGGCGAUGGGCCCGACAUGCUGCGCACGGACCUGGGCGAGUCCACCGCCUCGCUGGAUAGCACUGUCAGGGAUGAAGGAGUCCAGAAGCUCAGCGUGUCCUCUGGGCUGGUGCGGGGCAGCCACGGAGAGCCAGACGCAUCCUUCGUGCCCAGGAGCUCCAAGGACCCCCCCGGCCAUGAUUCCGACUCAGAUAGCGAGCUGUCCCUGGAUGAGCAGAGCAGCUCUUAUGCCUCCUCACACUCAUCAGACAGCGAGGACGACGGGGUGGGGGCUGAGGAAAAAUGGGACCCGGCCAGGGGCGCCAUCCAUAGCACCCCCAAAGGGGAUGCUGUGGCCAACCACGUUCCGGCCACCUGGCCUGACCAGAGCCUGGCUGAGAGUGACAGUGAGGACCCAGGCGACCAGCCCCGCCUGAAGGUGGAGACCAAGGUCAGCGUGGAGCUGCACCGCGAGGAGCAGGGCAGUCACCGUGGAGAGAAUCCCCCAGACCGGGAGAGCGGGGGCAUGGCCAGGCCUGCUAGCUGCCAGCCUCCAGAGCAGAGGAAAGGCAUCUUGAAAAAUAAAGUCACCUACCCACCGCCGCUGAUGCUGACAGAGCAGACGCUGAAGGGCUGGCUCCGGGAGAAGCUGGCCGACUGUGAGCAGAGCCCCACAUCCUCGCGCACGUCCUCCCUGGGCUCUGGCGGCCCUGACUGCGCCAUCACCGUCAAGAACCCCGGGAGGGAGCCGGGGCGUGAGCACCUCAACGGGAUGGCCAUGAACGUGCGCACCGGGAGCGUCCAGGCCGACGGCUCAGACUCCGAGUGA